AUGGCGGCAUUCUCAAUCCACCACCACUAUUACCAUAGUCUCUUCUCAAUUCAAGCUCAUCCAAAGCCCAGCGGUUGCUGUUUAUUCUACUCCUCUUGUUGUCGGAGUCCCACAACCAAGAAUCGUCACAAGCUGCCAUUGCUGACGAAAUCGUUCCGCAAUCAUCACCGUUCUUCUCCUAAUUCAACCACCACCACCACCACGCUGUCGCAGCAGCAAGGCGAAAAAGACAAGGAAGAAGAAGAAUCAUCCCGGUCACGGAAUUCAGGCGAACAACUGCUUCGAAACGUUAUUAAAUUGGAUGCACUAGGAUUGGAGAUUUUAUCCAUCGCAUUGCCGGCCGCACUUGCUCUUCUAGCUGAUCCACUUACUUCCUUAGUAGACACUGCAUUUGUUGGCCAUUUAGGAUCGGUUGAAUUAGCCGCUGUAGGUGUAUCUGUUUCUGUGUUCAGCCUCGUGUCCAAGUUGUUCAACGUUCCUCUGCUCAACAUCACAACAUCAUUUGUAGCCCAAGAGCAAGCUGCAACUGGGAAGGAUUCUGAUGAAUCAACAGUUCCUGAUGAUGUUUCUGACCACAAAGGCAAGAUAACCCUUCCUUCCAUAUCGACUUCAUUGGCUCUUGCAACUGGACUUGGCAUCGCAGAAACUUUUGUUCUCUGUCUUGGAUCUGGCUUCUUAAUGAAUACGAUGGGUAUAGCUGUUGACUCACCAAUGCGCAUGCCAGCAGAACAAUUUUUGACCCUGAGGGCAUUUGGGGCUCCUCCGAUAGUAAUAGCACUUGCUGCUCAAGGAACUUUCCGUGGUUUCAAGGACACAAGAACUCCUUUGUAUGCUGUCGGAGCUGGAAACAUACUUAAUGUGAUAUUGGAUCUGAUUUUGAUAUUUUUCUUUAAUUUGGGCAUUGCUGGCGCUGCUGUUGCUACUGUGACAUCUGAGUGUUUGACUGCUUUGAUCUUGCUAUGGAAAUUAAAUGACAAAGUAGAACUCAUCACUCCAAAAUUUGACUGGGGAAGGGUUGCUCAAUAUUUGAAAUCAGGUGCUCUGUUGAUUGCUAGGACUAUAGGAGUGCUUGUAACUACUACUCUGGCCACAUCAAUGGCAGCAAGAGAAGGGGCUGUUAACAUGGCUGGGUACCAGAUCUGUUUUGAAGUUUGGUUGGCUGUGUCUUUGCUUACUGAUGCAUUGGCACUUGCAGGACAGGCUCUACUUGCCACUGAUUAUUCCCAAGGGAGUUAUGAUGAAGCGCGCAAAGUUGUUUACAAGGUCUUGCAGAUUGGUGCAGUAACUGGAGUGGGUUUUGGUGCAAUCUUGUUUCUUGGUUUUGAAGCAUUGUCCAGCUUAUUUACUGUGGAUUCGGAUGUACUGGAAAUUGCAAGAUCUGGUACCUUGUUCGUCGCUGGGUCCCAGCCAAUAAAUGCUGUUGCAUUUGUCCUUGACGGGCUCUACUAUGGGGUUUCUGAUUUUGAAUACGCGGCAUACUCUACGGUUGCAAUUGGAGGUUUGUCAGUAGUCUUUAUGCUCGUAGCUACUUAUUUUUGGGGCCUUACCGGAGUCUGGGCAGGGUUGUUUUUCUUUAUGUCUUUGAGAGUUUUUGCUGGAAUCUUGAGGUUGGGUUCAGGAGGUGGUCCCUGGAAGUUUCUUCGUGUCGAUAUGGACGGAGAUGCCUGA